ACGUCUGAAUCGGUUAAUGGACAAAGAACUAAACUAAAAAAGCUAUGGCUGGUCCAAGUCGGAGAAGAAGAAGAUUACAUCUAAGCAAGAUCUAUUCCUACACUUGUGGUAAAUCAAGUUUCCAAGAAGAUCACUCUAAUAUAGGAGGACCCGGUUUCUCUCGUGUCGUUUAUUGUAACGAACCGGGUUCUCCGGCAGCUGAACGCCGGAAUUACGCCGGAAAUUACGUCCGGUCAACAAAAUACACCCUUGCUUCUUUCUUCCCUAAAUCUCUCUUCGAGCAGUUUCGUCGUGUCGCCAACUUUUACUUUCUUGUCACCGGAGUCUUAUCGUUGACUGAUCUCUCUCCUUAUGGAGCCGUUAGUGCUCUCUUACCUCUUGCUCUCGUCAUCUCCGCCACAAUGGUUAAAGAAGGUAUCGAAGAUUGGCGCCGGAAACAACAGGAUAUUGAAGUGAAUAACAGAAAAGUGAAAGUACACGACGGAAAUGGAAUAUUCCGGCAAGAAGAAUGGAGGAAUCUAAGAGUUGGUGAUAUCGUAAGAGUCGAAAAAGACGAGUUUUUUCCGGCGGAUCUUUUGCUAUUAUCAUCUAGCUACGAAGAUUCGAUUUGUUAUGUCGAGACGAUGAAUCUUGACGGUGAGACGAAUCUGAAAGUGAAACAAGGACUUGAAGCAACUUCUUUAAUGUUAAAUCAAGAUUCGGAUUUUAAAGAUUUUAGAGGCGUUGUUAGAUGUGAAGAUCCAAAUGUGAAUCUUUAUGUGUUCGUUGGAACUUUGGCUCUUGAAGAAGAGAGAUUUCCAUUGUCGAUUCAACAGAUUCUUCUUCGUGAUUCUAAGCUUAGAAACACAGAGUAUGUGUAUGGAGCUGUCGUUUUCACUGGACAUGACACAAAGGUGAUACAGAAUUCAACUGAUCCACCAUCAAAGAGAAGUAGGAUCGAGAGGAAAAUGGACAAGAUCAUCUACUUAAUGUUUGGUCUUGUUUUUUUAAUGUCAUUCGUUGGAUCAAUCAUCUUUGGAGUUGAAACAAGAGAUGAUAAACUCAAGAAUGGAAGAACAGAGAGAUGGUAUUUGAAACCAGAUGAAGCAGAUAUCUUCUUUGAUCCAGAAAGAGCUCCAGUGGCUGCAAUUCUCCACUUCUUCACUGCUACAAUGUUAUAUAGUUACUUCAUCCCGAUUUCGCUUUAUGUUUCGAUUGAGAUUGUUAAAGUUCUUCAGAGCAUUUUCAUCAACAGAGACAUUCAUAUGUACUAUGAAGAAACGGAUAAACCUGCGCAGGCACGGACUUCGAAUUUGAAUGAAGAGCUCGGUAUGGUUGAUACGAUUCUAUCCGAUAAAACCGGGACUUUGACUUGCAAUUCAAUGGAGUUUAUCAAAUGUUCUAUCGCGGGUACGGCUUAUGGACGCGGUAUAACUGAGGUUGAGAGAGCUAUGGCUGUGAGAAGCGGUGGUUCGCCUUUGGUUAAUGAAGAUUUGGAUGUUGUUGUGGAUCGGUCUGCUCCUAAGGUUAAAGGGUUUAACUUUGAGGAUGAAAGGAUUAUGAAUGGGAAUUGGGUGAGACAGCCUGAGGCUGCCGUGUUGCAGAAAUUUUUCAGAUUGCUUGCUGUGUGUCACACGGCAAUACCUGAGACCGAUGAAGAGUCCGGGAAUGUCUCUUAUGAAGCUGAGUCUCCGGAUGAAGCUGCGUUUGUCAUUGCAGCUCGAGAGUUCGGGUUUGAGUUCUUUAACCGGACACAAAAUGGGAUCUCUUUUCGAGAAAUGGAUGUUGUAUCAGGAGAAAAAGUCGAAAGGGUUUAUAAAUUACUAAACGUUCUUGAGUUCAAUAGCACGAGGAAGAGAAUGUCGGUUAUUGUAAGAGACGAUGAUGGGAAGCUCUUGCUGUUGUCUAAAGGAGCUGAUAAUGUGAUGUUUGAAAGACUUGCAAAGAACGGUCGUCAAUACGAGGCGAAAACCCAAGAACAUGUAAACCAAUAUGCAGAUGCAGGUCUAAGGACUCUAAUACUUGCAUACCGCGAGGUUGAUGAGAAUGAGUACAUAGAGUUCAACAAGAAUUUCAAUGAAGCUAAGGCUUCGGUGAACGAGGAUCGUGAAGCUUUAAUAGACGAAAUCACGGAUAAGAUGGAACGCGAUCUCAUUCUCCUUGGUGCUACAGCUGUUGAGGACAAACUUCAGAAUGGGGUCCCGGAAUGUAUUGACAAACUUGCUCAAGCUGGAAUUAAAAUUUGGGUUCUAACUGGAGACAAAAUGGAAACAGCUAUCAAUAUUGGAUUUGCUUCUAGUUUACUAAGACAAGAGAUGAAGCAGAUCAUCAUCAAUCUUGAGACACCUCAUAUCAAAUCUCUAGAGAAAUCUGGAGGCAAAGACGAAAUCGAAUUGGCAUCAAGGGAAAGCGUUGUGAUGCAACUACAAGAAGGAAAGGCCUUACUCGCUGCAUCAGGCGCAAGCUCUGAAGCAUUUGCUUUGAUCAUUGAUGGGAAAUCAUUAACCUACGCCCUCGAGGAUGAAAUCAAGAAAACGUUUCUUGAUCUUGCCACUGGUUGUGCCUCCGUGAUUUGCUGUAGAUCAUCACCUAAACAGAAAGCAUUGGUUACGCGACUAGUUAAGUCCGGAACUGGAAAAACAACUUUAGCAAUUGGCGAUGGAGCGAAUGAUGUAGGGAUGCUUCAAGAAGCAGACAUUGGUGUAGGAAUAAGCGGUGUUGAAGGAAUGCAAGCAGUGAUGUCUAGCGAUAUCGCCAUUGCUCAAUUCCGAUAUCUAGAGCGUUUAUUGUUAGUCCAUGGCCAUUGGUGUUACAGCAGAAUCGCAUCCAUGAUAUGUUACUUCUUCUACAAGAACAUCACCUUCGGAGUCACAGUGUUCUUAUAUGAAGCAUAUACUUCCUUCUCUGGACAACCUGCAUAUAACGACUGGUUUCUUUCUCUUUUCAACGUCUUCUUCUCUUCUCUUCCCGUCAUUGCCCUAGGAGUCUUUGAUCAAGACAUCUCAGCUCGCUUCUGUUACAAGUUUCCAUUGCUAUACCAAGAAGGUGUGCAGAACAUUCUCUUCAGCUGGAAAAGGAUUAUUGGAUGGAUGUUCAAUGGAUUCAUUAGCGCUCUCGCCAUUUUCUUCCUCUGCAAGGAAUCUCUUAAACACCAGCUAUUUGACCCAGAUGGCAAAACCGCAGGCCGGGAAAUCCUCGGCGGAACAAUGUACACUUGCGUCGUGUGGGUCGUCAAUCUCCAAAUGGCUUUAUCAAUAAGUUACUUCACUUGGGUCCAACACAUUGUGAUUUGGGGAUCAAUAGCUUUCUGGUACAUCUUCCUCAUGAUCUAUGGAGCUAUGGCUCCAAGUUUCUCUUCCGAUGCUUACAUGGUCUUCCUCGAAGCCCUAGCUCCUGCUCCUUCCUACUGGCUCACAACUUUAUUCGUGAUGAUCUUCGCUUUGAUCCCUUACUUCGUCUACAAGUCAGUGCAAAUGAGGUUUUUCCCUAAAUACCAUCAAAUGAUUCAGUGGAUUCGGUACGAGGGUCACUCUAAUGAUCCUGAGUUCGUUGAGAUGGUGAGGCAGAGGUCGAUUAGACCCACCACCGUCGGAUACACCGCGAGAAGAGCCGCUAGUGUACGGCGCUCCGCUAGGUUUCACGAUCAGAUCUAUAAGGAUCUUGUCGGUAUCUAAAGAGUAUAGAAUUGUUUCUCUGUAAAUAUAUAUACGUAUAUCUCUAACUUGGAGAUUAGGGUUUCUUUCAUUGAGAUUCCUUGCCACAGAAGGCAUCUGUAAUUUUAUUAUUUACACGGAAAUAUAAUGUACAUAAUUUU